AUGGAGUUUGCUAUUAAAAUAGACCAAGCUGAAGAUUUCCUCCAGAACACCCAGGAGUUUGAGAGUGCUGAGUCCUUAAAAUCACUUCUUCAGUUUCACGAACAUCAUACCAAAGAACUCUUAGAACGAUCUCUAAUCCUUUUAAACAAAAGUCAACAGCUCACUGACUUCAUAGAAAAAUUCAAGUGUGAUGGACCUAAUGUGAAUCCUGAGUUGAUUCAGGGAGCUCAUAACAGCUGUCUGAAGAUUGACAGCCUUCUUGAGCUUCUACAAGAUAGGAGACGGCAACUCGACAAGGACCUGAAGCAACAGCAGCAAGAAUUGGGUCAGGUUCUGCAGUUAUUUCAGUGGGACCAGCAAGAAAAUCAGGUUACUUGUUGGUUUCAGAAAACCAUAAGAGAUUUACAGGAACAAAGUCUAGGUUCAUCACUUUCAGACAAUGAGGAGCUAAUCUGUAAGCAUGAGGAAUUGAUAAUAAAAGCAAAGGAAUGGAAUUCCGCUGUUGAGAAGCUGAAGAGUGAUGCACUUGGGAUUCUGCUGUCUAAGGGCUACGUGGAGAAAGAGCAUCUACAGCUCUCUAACCAGAAACUGCAUCAGCUUCAAGGAGAAUGUGAUCGGCUCAUGGUGGAAAGGAAAACUUGGUUAAAAAAGGCAAAUGUUUUUUUUAACAGCGCUAAUAAGGCAUUUGAUGUACUUGGGAGAGUUGAAGCUUACCUGAAGCUCCUUAAAUCAGAGGGUUUAAGUCUGCCUGUCUUGGCAGCGAGGCAUGAGGAAUUACACAGAGAAAUUAAAGACUGCACAGCUGAUGCUUUGCAAAAGGGACAAGCCUUAAUCAGCCAAGUAGACUCCUGUAGCUCUCGGGUAACUGGAGUCCGCGAGAUGAUGGGAUGCAUUGAGAGGCGAGUGGACCAACUGACCCAACAGUGUUCAGCGCACAAAGAAUUUGCUCUUAAGAAACAGCAAUUAACUGCCUCGGUGGAGGGCCACCUCAAGAAGGUGGAAAUGUCAAUUCAGAAAAUCAGUCCAGUACUUUCCAGUGCAAUGGAUGUCGGUUCCAGCCUUUCUGAAUCAGGGAAGAUUUUGAGUAAAUACUUGGAACUAGAUAUGGAAGCUAAGGAGACAGCACAUGAAUUAGAAGCAGCUGCAAAACUUAUGACAGAGAAAAAUGAAUUUGAACCUGAUGAAGUGGCAUUGCUUUCUUCUAAAGCUAAAUGGCUAGAGGAAGAAUUAAAAAUACUUGGCCAAAGCAUCGGCUCCAGGUCACAAGUCCUGCAAACUUAUGUGGCAUUUCUAAAGUCCUCAGAAGAGGUACAGGAGCAGUGUCAGAGCCUAAAGGAGUUUUACCAAACUGAAAUCCUGCAGAAGGAAGAGGAUGAUGCUGAAGCCAAGCAUCGAUCUGACUCAGCUGAGAAGCAAUGGCAGCUAUUUUUGAAGAGGAGUUUUUUAACUCAAGACCUAGGGCUUGAGUUCCUUAAUUUAAUAAAUAUGGCAAAAAGGGAUGAAAUAUUAAAUGCGAAAAGUGAAGUGCACUUUAUGGAGAACACUAUGGAAAGCCAGAAGGCAGAAAGAGAAGAACUCAGCCACCUUCGGAUGACAUGGCAACUUAAAGCCAUUGCAAGCAAGCCUGUGAAACAGCAGUGGGGAGCAUUCAAAGAACAACUUAGAAAGACUACUUACAACUUACAACUUCUUCAGGAAGCACUUAUGCCUGUGUCUGCUCUUGACCUUGGAGGGAGCCUCCAGACCAUUUUAGGUCUACAGAAAAAAUGGAACGAAAUGAAGCCUCAGCUCCAGCAACUGAAUGAUGAAGUCCAGUACAUUAUAAAAGAAUCAGAAGAGUUAAGUGGCAAAGGAGCCCCUAUGAAAGAGAAGUCUCAACAACUAAAGGGGCUUAUUCAUCUCCAUCAAACACAGAAAGAGAGAAUCCAAGAUUAUGAGGAUAUCCUGUACAAGGUGGUCCAAUUCCACCAAGUCAAGGAAAAGCUGGGUCAUCUCAAUAAAUCAAGGGAAAUGGAGCUUUUAGAAGAGCCAAAGGAUCUGGAUGAUGCCCACAAAGCCCAGGUUCACCUCAGUCGCUCACAGGAAAAGCAAGCACAUAUUGAUCAUCUCCAUGAACUGGUCCUUUCCCUGGGAGUGGAUGUCAUCUCAUCUGUGCUACGGCCUAACUGCUCUAACAUUUCUGCAAAGAACCUGCAGCAGCAGCUGGACAUCCUUGAGGGGGACCAUGUGAACUGGCGUGCCAAAGCCCAGGAGUAUGAACGGACCCUGACCUGCAGCUUGGAGUACUGCACCUCAAGGGACAAGAUAAACGAGGUGGGGUGGCAGGGCUUUGGCUUUUCUGUUCUGAAGGCACAGGUAGCAGGUGUUUGGGCCAUCAGUGGAACAGGAGAGGGUCAGCGUCCCCCGCACCUGAAGCAGCCGCCCUGUGACAGAGAGGGUGCUGUCCAAGGCCGGCUCCUGCCUGCAGACAUACUUUCAGGAGAAGAAUAUGAAUGUGUCUCACCUGAUGACAUCUCCUUGCCUCCACUCUCGGGAAGCCCCGAUUCCCCCCUUGCCCUGGCUGCCAUGGACGUGGAGCAGCAUGCCAGCCCUGCCCUCAGCCUUCACACGAGCAGCUACAGGAUGCAGACUGGGGCCAGCAGUGCAGGGGAUGCCCAAGAAUCGGGCAUUCCACCACCUGCUGCUUUGGCUGAUGCUUACAGUGAUAACAGAGAAACAUUUUCAAGUCAUUUUGAGAGGCCGUACCCCCAGUCCAAAGCUGAGCUCCCAUUAACCUCCGGAGCAUUUCUGGAAAAAAGUACUGCCUUCUGCAAAAUCAGUGCUAAACAUCCAGAGAGCAUGCCGAGUGAAGUGCAUGAGAGAGCUUCACAGCAGCACCCUCAGGCUCAGGGAAGUUUGCUAGAAACACGGGAAAAAGUGCAUGUUGAUAAUAACAUCACUAAAACCCGAGACAGGCUGCAUGCUUCCCAGGAUGCAUUCUCAGGCCUUGGGCUUCGAUCAGGCCCCAGCCGGGCCUAUCAGAGGCAAACAGUCCCCCAAGAGGAGAUUAAAUGUACAUCAGCAAAGAACACGGUGGUCAGCCUCACUGGCCAGGCUCCUAAUUUCUCCAGGCUCCUGUCUAAUGUAACUGUCAUGGAAGGUUCUCCAGUAACUUUGGAAGUUGAAGUAACAGGAUUUCCAGAGCCUACACUGACAUGGUGGGUAGCUUAUAAUGACAAGUCAUAAACACAUUGAAUGACUGAGCAAAUCAUUCUGUGUGCACUAACUUAAAGGUGUAGGGAUAGCUGAUUAAUAUUCUGCAACACUGCAACUCUGCAUGAUUCAACCUUACACCAACCCCCAACUCUCCCUGUAGGCACAGCAUGUCUAAUACCCAGAAGAACCAAAAGGAACCACAUAAAAUAAUAACUUAACCAACUCCAAAAGCACUGCAACUUAGCUGUGCUCUUUUGUGGAGUUUUUUGUUUUGUUUUAUUUUUGCCAUUAGUUUAACAUUCCACAUUUCUGAAGAUUGUGGGUUGAAAUUGUUUCCUAUUGCUUAUUUCCACAUAAGCAUGACAUUUCUUAGCUUAAUAUCCCAUAUUCGAUUAAUAAACAUAAGAAUUUAGGUUUUCCCCUUUUCUUUCAUUUAGCCAUUUCAUCUUUUCCCUCUUCCCAACUGAGUCACACAUCACUUUUGUAAUAUUUGUUUGUUUCACUAAGAUUUCUUUCUAUAAAUUUCUUCAGUGUGAAAGAUGGAAUAAAAAUAUUUCUUUCACAGUUGCUCCCAGUGACAGGUAAUAAACCCAUUUUUGAAAGGUGGUGUAAUAACUGAGCUGUGAACAAUAGGAUUUCCUUCUGGAGAUAUCAUUAUUUUUUAGCAUAUUUGUUUUAAUAGAAAGUAAACUGCAGAAUACAGGUUUUGAAUCACUGUUGUUUUAAAAGUAGUUCUCACUUUUUCACUACGUGGGUGACUUCUAAACAUUUAGAAACUUUUCAUCUGUAAGUAUAUUUAUCUGAGGACAAAGUUACAAAUUUGUGAGACUGAAUUCAUACUCAUAAACUAAGAUAAGUAAAACAGCAUUUACUUAUCAUAGUAUUUCAGUAGACGUUACAUUAACAGUUUCAACUAUUAUGCGUGCCCACUGAUGAUACUUGAAGUGUGAGUCGGUUAUCUAAAGAAUCUAUGAGAAAACUCUGGUCUCUCAGAUGAUGAAAAGAGACUACACUUGUGAUACAGUGCAGCCAUUCAUGCUUUUGUCUUAUUGUUUUUAAAAUUGCAUGUUUUUUUAAUAGAUCAGGAAUUUCAUAUUUAUGAAUUUAAAAAAAUAUUUAAUUCAUUAUUAAAUAUCAGUUCAUCCCAAAGAAAAA